CGGAGCUCCUCCUGCUCCUCCCCGGCACGAUGCGCGCAGGACACGAGCGGCUCCGGAGCACUUUGAGUUGCUCCCACCCCGCUCCGUGGGAUUAAUCCAUCCUUUCGGAGGUUAUUUUCGGCAGGCAGGCUCGCGGGCGGGCAGGGCGGCCGGAGGAAGAGCCCGCGGCAGGGGAGGGAUGCGGGAGCAGGGCAGCGGAGCCGGGCGGGACUGAGCCACCCGCAGAGCAGAGGAGGAGAGCGGAGCGGAGCUGCCCUGCUCCCUGCUCCCGUGCCGGGCUGCCCGCAUGGCUCCCGGGCACUGUGGAGAUUGUGGGGGCUGCUGCUGCUGAGCAACCAUCCAUCGCUUUAAACUCAGCCUCAACUUAGCGCAGCAGGCAAGGAUGGCAACGCCACUGGAGCUUUGGAGCUGCCAGGAGAGCCGGGGAACCUGGGUUUUGGUCGCCGCUGUCUAAUAAAUGGGAGUAAAAUGGAAUUUCUUACUUGGGUUUUUCCUGCCUUGGUUCUACUGUGCACCCAACAGCACAGGUGUAUCAGAGCUAUGAGUGACAUCGGAGACUACAUUGGUUCCAACAUUGAAAUCUCCUGGCUGCCCAACCUGGAUGAUUUAAUGAAAGGCUACGCACGGAAUUUCAGGCCUGGCAUUGGAGGUCCCCCCGUUAACGUUGCUCUGGCCAUCGAAGUAGCCAGCAUUGACCACAUCUCAGAGGUGAACAUGGAAUACACCAUGACAGUGUUUUUACACCAGAGCUGGCGAGACGACCGUCUGUCUUACAACCACACCAACGAGACUCUGGGCUUAGACAGCAGGUUUGUGGACAAGCUCUGGUUGCCAGAUACUUUCAUAGUCAAUGCCAAGUCUGCCUGGUUCCAUGAUGUGACUGUGGAAAACAAACUUAUCAGGCUCCAGCCAGAUGGAGUAAUUUUAUACAGCAUCAGGAUUACCUCAACAGUGGCCUGCGACAUGGACCUCUCCAAGUACCCCAUGGAUGAGCAGGAAUGCAUGCUGGAUUUGGAGAGCUAUGGCUACUCCUCGGAGGACAUCGUGUACCACUGGUCAGAGAACCAGGAGGAGAUCCACGGGCUGGACAAGCUGCAGCUCGCCCAGUUCACCAUCACCAACUACCAGUUCACAACAGAAAUUAUGAACUUCAAAUCUGCAGGGCAGUUUCCCAGGCUCAGUCUCCACUUCCACCUGCGGCGGAAUCGAGGAGUUUACAUCAUCCAGUCCUACGUCCCCUCCAUCCUCCUGGUGGCCAUGUCGUGGGUGUCCUUCUGGAUCAGCCAGUCAGCUGUGCCUGCCAGGGUGUCCUUAGGAAUAACCACUGUCCUCACCAUGACCACGCUGAUGGUCAGUGCCCGCUCCUCCCUCCCUCGAGCCUCUGCCAUCAAGGCCCUGGACGUUUACUUCUGGAUCUGCUACGUGUUCGUGUUCGCCGCGCUGGUGGAAUACGCCUUCGCUCACUUCAACGCUGACUACAUGAAAAAGCAGAAGAACAAGAUCAAGGCGAGGAGGCAGAGUGCAGAGAUCAACGUGAAGAAUGCCAUUGUUCUGUUUUCCCUUUCCAUAGCUGGUGUGAACCAGGAACUGGCCAUUUCCAACAGGCAGCACCGAAUUCCCAGGAGCCUGCCCGGCUCGUAUGGCACAAUAGAAAUAGAAACUGGAGAGACCAAGCAGCAGCCAGGGAUGAAACUGGAUAAAAAGACUGGCCUGAAGUCCCUGUUCAAGCCCAUUGACGCUGACACCAUCGACAUUUACGCCCGAGCCGUGUUCCCAGCAGCCUUUGCAGCAGUCAAUGUCAUCUACUGGGUCGCUUACACGAUGUAAAAACCCAAAACCAGGGACAGUCAUGGCCAGAGCUACAAACUCAACAACACCCACGGAUUAAAGAGCCCUUGCUGAGACUGAAUCGAGCCAUUUCUUCUCAAAAUAUUGUCCAACGAGCUCAAGACACUUCUAAAGUCGAGAAAGUCCUGCUAUGAAUUCCCAGAAAAAGCAGCGAUUUAUUGCUGUUCUGAUUUGAUACAGUAAGAACAGUGCUGUGCCAGACCAUCCCAGCUCCUUCCUUCCUCUAAUACCAUGAGACGAUUUUUCAUAUGUACAUAUUUGUAGCAAAAGUUUAACUCUUAAAUGACCACGGUUUUCCUCCCCUUUAAGGGUUGAUCAGUAAUGAAGAUUUGGCUUUUCACACUCAGAUAAUUACCUUUUUUGUAACGAAAGAGUUAAUUCCUCACUUCUGCACGAGUGAUUUUCUGCAUCUGGCCUUCUGUGGGAUGGUCUAGGUUUAACAGUAGUGGUAAAGUUGGAGUUUUCAAUCAGAAAAAUCUCAUGAACAAAGUAAAAAGGAAUAGAGGGGAGUGGAGGUUUUUCUUAAAAUAUUAUUUGUCUUGGAUAAAAUAUUGAAAAAAUUCAGUGCUCUUAGUCACAGCAUGAAAUAAAAUAUACUACAUCAAAUUCUACUGAAUUGUUAAUAAUGACUGCAUUACAUUUCAGAUCUAAGCUAAUGAAAGUUUAAACACAGAAAUGUUUAUUAGUUUAAUAGGCCCCAAACAUAUAAAAAUGAUUUAGAAACAGAGGGAAAGCUCAGGCUUCCUAUGUUGGAUUGGGAAAAAAUUUAAAGGUGCUUCAUGAGGAAGAAACUCUGACUCCAUUUUCAGGAAGGACUUUAGGAUUUGUUCUGUCGAUUGUCAGUGAGAUUCUACCAUGUGUGCCUCUGAAAAUAUCCUUUUUGAAUCCGUCCCUAAAUAGCUGAAUGAAGUACAAAAAAGAAUUCAUAACUGGCUUCAAGUUACUCAGUUGCUUUGGAUAUUUUUGCCAUUUUUGUUCCAGGCUGACCUGAUCCAUUAGGGCUCUUCCCUUCCCUUAUUCAGCAGGGAAAUCUGUAGGUCCUCAUACACACUCCUUAAGUCAGGACUAGAUCGUCUUGCCCAACUUAUGCAAAAUAGCACUUUGUUCUGUAAAUAAUUCCAGUGAACUCAGCAAAUGAACACAGUAUUCACAACAAACAAGCUUCACAACUAAUCCCGAAAAUCUCCACAGUAAAUAUAUUGGAAUAUGGAUUAAACCCACUGAAACAUUGUUUCUGUAGAAAGCCAAUGUGAGACGCUACAAAAGGGAAAUUUAUUUUGAAGAUUUUGUUGCCUUGAAAGUGAGAGGUUGUUUUUAAAUAUAGAGACUGACACAAAAGCAAA